AUGAUCUCUCCCUUGGACAGCCCACCUGUACAUAGCAGCUUCCGCAUGGACAGGGAUGGGGUUCAGGAGACAAGUUCCAAGGAGGGUUUUGGUUCAGUGGAGAAAGUCGUGCUGCUCACGUUUCUCUCAGCGGUUAUCCUGAUGGCCAUCUUGGGGAACCUGCUGGUGAUGGUGGCUGUGUGCAGGGACAGGCAGCUCAGGAAGAUAAAAACCAAUUAUUUCAUUGUAUCUCUCGCCUUUGUGGAUCUGCUGGUUUCUGUGCUGGUGAUGCCCUUUGGUGCCAUUGAGCUGGUUCAAGACAUCUGGAUUUAUGGGGAGAUGUUUUGCCUCGUCCGGACAUCUCUAGAUGUCCUGCUCACGACAGCAUCGAUUUUUCACCUGUGCUGCAUUUCCCUGGACAGGUAUUAUGCCAUCUGCUGCCAGCCUCUGGUCUAUAGGAACAAGAUGACCCCUCUGCGCAUCGCGUUAAUGCUGGGAGGCUGCUGGAUCAUCCCCAUGUUUAUCUCUUUUCUCCCUAUAAUGCAAGGCUGGAAUAAUAUUGGCAUAAUUGAUUUGAUAGAAAAAAGGAAGUUCAACCAAAACUCCAACUCUACGUACUGUAUCUUCAUGGUCAACAAGCCCUACGCCAUCACCUGCUCUGUGGUGGCCUUCUAUAUCCCAUUUCUCCUCAUGGUGCUGGCCUAUUAUCGCAUCUACGUCACAGCAAAAGAGCACGCCCACCAAAUCCAGAUGUUACAACGGGCAGGAGCCCCCUCUGAAGGCAGGCCCCAGCCAGCUGACCAGCACAGCACUCAUCGCAUGAGGACCGAGACCAAAGCAGCCAAGACCCUGUGCAUCAUCAUGGGUUGCUUCUGCCUCUGCUGGGCUCCAUUCUUUGUCACUAAUAUUGUGGAUCCAUUCAUAGACUACACUGUUCCUGGGCAGGUGUGGACCGCUUUCCUCUGGCUUGGCUACAUCAACUCUGGGUUAAACCCCUUUCUGUACGCCUUCUUGAAUAAGUCUUUUAGACGUGCCUUCCUCAUCAUCCUCUGCUGUGAUGAUGAGCGCUACCGAAGACCCUCCAUUCUGGGCCAAACUGUCCCCUGUUCAACCACAACCAUUAAUGGAUCCACACAUGUGCUAAGGUACACAGUUCUGCACAGUGGACAUCACCAGGAACUUGAGAAACUGCCCAUACACAAUGACCCAGAAUCCUUGGAAUCAUGCUUCUGAUUGAGAACGUGGCUCAUGAUUAAGCCAUUCAUUCCCAUUCAUGUCUGCAUGAACAGGCUACCCUGGCAUCUCUCCUGACCCUCAUCACCACCAGCGAGGCAUGAGGCAGUGGGGACAAGUGCCCAGGGACAGUACAUGGGGCACAGUGCUGGACAGGACCCAAGGCCAGAGUGUGGAAGAUCUCAGAGUUGAGAAGGGACUUCAGGCGUCCUCAGAUCCAGCCUCCCAUUGAAUGCUGGAGUAGCA